AUGUCUUCGAUACGCAUCCACGCCGUGCGGCCCUUCAAUGGGAUCUCUACAUCUCAUUUUGCGCGCCCAGGCCUGUCACAGACACAUUUUAUCCGACAGCUCAACCCGACAUCUACAGACGGCAGAUGCCCUCAAACACUCGUGAUUCUGCGAUCACAUCAAGUACGAUGUCAGUCGACAGGCGGCAAGAAGUUCGCCGAGGGUCAGCCGCCGACCUCAUCUUCAACGCUACUACUUCGCGCCCUGCGACAGAGUCUUAGCCUGCGACCCUUGGUUGGCGCAUUCCGCGGACAGAGCCUACAACGACUAUACAGACAAAGCCCUGAGGAGCUCGUGAUUGCUCUGGCACUUUUGGCAGGCACUGCCGUCAUCAUAGUCUAUGUCAUUUAUACCUACUUCAACUAUUUUCAGUCCGAACAAUUCACCAAAUUCCCUCCCGAUGUGGCGAAAUCGAUGCGGCGCGCGCUAUAUUACAGCAACUAUAGUCCUGAUCCAAAACUUGCCUUGAAGUAUUACAAGAUGGCACUUGAGCAGUGCGAGUCCAACGGCCUCGACCCCUUCUCCGACGGCGUCAUGGGAAUCAAGAUCCAGCUAGCUGCGUGGCUAGAGAAAGUUGGUAGCUACAAGGGUGCCAUUGAGGUUCUCGAGGCCCUUCUUCGCGACUGUAACAGGUGGGUUGCAAAGAUGGAGCAGUCAACUCGUGAUGGCCUGAUCGACAAGGACGGGAACCUGAUUGGAUUCACCAAAGCACCGGCUGAGAAGGAGGACAACAAACCUGAAGAGGAGGAGGAGGUGCCGGAAAACCUUUGGGGCAAGCGCACCAGAGUUCUCGGCAAAACCGUUGGCAUCAGUGUAAAGCUUGGAGAGCUUUAUGCAGAUGAACAUGUUCUCCAAAGCGAAGCAGCCGGAGAGCGUCUCGUUUGGGCUGUUGAAACUGUCUUGAAGGAGCUGCAACGACGACAGAUCCAAGGAGUUAAAGAGGGCGAAGGAGAAUGGAUGUCCCCCGAACAGAUUGGCGGCGCUCUAGAAGCAUUGGCCAAUCAUUACGAGUCAAAAGACAAGCACUAUCUAGCUGCUCCUCUGUAUCUACAGGCACUCACAAUGUCCCCCCCUAAGAGUUGCCACACUGCUGUUCUGAUGAACAACCUGGCAAUAUCACUGGCACAACAGCCUCUCACCCCCGCUGAUGGGACUGCGCUCCCAGCAGCCACGGGAUCCAAGGACCAACCUCGCCCUACGCGCGCAACCCUGCUUGCCAGCGCAAAGUCAUGGGCCCUGCAGGCACAUGCAACUGGAUCAAAGGUGACUGGCGAGGAUAGAACGGAAGAAUGCGACCAGGCCUGCGCUGUCGCACUAUGCAAUCUAGGAGAGAUCGCCGCAAUGACUGGUGAUAUGGAGGAAGCCAAGGCCAGAUUCAAGCAAAGCCUUGGGCUCAGCAAACGCAUAGGCUUCGAGGAUGGUGUGACGCAAGCUGAAGACGGGUUGGCAGCAGCGUCAAUGAAGCUGACGGCCAAGUCUCCGUAA